AUGUCACCAGAUACCGUGCUGGAGACUGCGGAAUCGAAGCGGCAAAAAGCACUAGCAGCUGUGCAGAUCAAGGGCAGCGCCCUGGAAUAUGUGGCCAAGGAAUUGAAGCAGGAUAAAGAGGUGGUCUUGGCAGCCGUGCGGCAGAGCGGCAUCGCCUUGGAGCAUGCUUCCGACGACUUGAGGAGCGACCGAGAAGUGGUCCUGGCAGCUGUGCAGAACCAUGGGUUGGCCCUGAAGUUUGCGAGAAAGGAGCUGAAGGAGGACAAGGACGUAGUGCUGGCAGCUGUGCAAAAGAACGGCGGCGUGUUAGAACAUGUUGCAGACGAGUUGAAGCGGGACAAAAAAGUGGUUUUCACAGCAGUAAAGCAGCGCGGUCGCGCCUUGGAGCAUGCGGCCGAUGAGUUGAAGAGCGACAAAGAAGUGGUCCUGGCAGCUGUGCAGAACAGUGGCCCUGCCUUAUUGCAUGCGGCACAGGGGCUCAAGACUGACAAGGGGUUUGUGUUGGAGGCGGUUCGGAAGAGUGGCCUUGCGCUGGAGCACGCAGCUGCGCAGCUGCAGGGCGACAGGGAGGUGGUCUUGGCAGCUGUGGAGCAGAAUGGCCAAGCCUUGCUGCAUGCCACACAGGAGCUGAAGGUUGACAAAGGGUUCGUUCUGACAGCUGUGCGGAAGAACGGCGGCGCCUUGGGACAUGUGGCCCAGGAGUUGAAGCUCGACAAGCAGGUGGUUUUGGCAGCUGUGCAGACGAGCGGCUUGGCCUUGGAACAUGCUGCCCAGGAGCUGCGGGCCGACAAGCUGUUUGUGCUGGAAGCUGUCCAAGCCAGUCACUCGGCCUUGAAGUAUGCAUGCCGGAAACUGCGGGGUGACAGGGAGGUGGUGGCCGCAGCUUUGCGGAAGAGCGGCUGCGCCUUAGAAUAUGUGGCCCAGGAGCUGAAGCUUGACAAACAGCUGGUGCUCGGAGCCGUGCAGAAGAGCGGCAUUGCCUUAGAGCAUGCCGCAGAGGAGCUGAAGCGAGACAAAGAGGUGGUCCUCGCGGCUGUGCAGAGGUGCGGAACUGCCUUGGAGUUUGCGGCCGAUGAAUUACGACGCGACCGGGGGGUGGUUUUCGCGGCCUUGCGCCAGAACGGCUUUGCCUUGAAGCAUGCUUCCGACGACUUGAAGAGCGACCCAGAAAUGGUCCUGGCAGCUGUGCAGAACGAUGGCCUGGCCUUGCAGUACGCGACAGAGGAGCUGAGGGAGGACAAGGACAUCGUGCUUGCGGCCGUGCGGGAGAAUGGCUUCGCGGCCCGGGUCGCCUCCAAGAAGGCCCUCUUCAAGCCCCCCUUCAUGCUGGACUUGGUGAAGGCCACCCAGGCUCCCUGGCUCCUCACCUGGUCGCCGAAGUUCAUCCAGGAGAAUGCCGCCAUCGCGAAGGCCGCCGGCAGCGGCUUGGUCUUCACCUGGUACAGCAGCUUCAACUGCUUCCAGCGCAUGCGCCACACCUUCAUGGCCACGGGCGCUUCGGUCCCUGGAGGACAGGCCUACGAUCAAGUGAUGGAGAAGCUAAGGGCAGAAGGCCGGGGUGGUGUAGCCACCGUUUGGUUUGGAGACGAGCCGGUCUUCGGAUUUGCCAACGACGAUGGGACCUGGUUGCAUCCCAGCGACGAGUGCGGUCGCGACGAGGUUCCCAUGCCAGGUGCAGGAUCUCGGCACCACAUGUGGAAUUCGGUGGUGGAGUCGCGGAGUACAAAGUUUGCUCCAACCGAGGGUGGGAAGUACAAGUGCUGGUGCUGCCAUUGGCUUCGGGAAGUGAAGCGCCGGCAUGCCCAGGGCGCCGUGAUUUGCUGCACGGUCUCGAACAUUUUUACUCCAGAGUGGGUGUCAACAUAUAAUGCUGGCUCUUCGGAGCUCAGCGAUGCGCAGGCAGACAAAUUCGGCUUGCAAAAGGAACGCUUCAAGAACUGUCCCGAUGGUCUCCCGCCUGGUUGGGGCGAAGGUGAGAUUACCAUUUCCGACGGCUCCAAGUUUGCAAGGAAGGCGCCGAUCCAUGAGAGGACAAAGCUUCCUCUGGGGCAAGGCUGCCGAUGGGAGCGCAGCGUACUCGAUAAGCUGGACUUCCCAGUCUAUGCCUUCUUCAUGCCGUGA